AUUAAGUAUAACUCUGGAAAUUUUAUAUAUAACAACAUUUUUCUAACACAAAACAACAUUAACAUAUAAUAACAUAAAAUCAAGUAAAAAUAACAUUAUGGAUUUUUCUGAUGAAAUCAAUGAUGAUACCGGAGACCCAACAUAUUUCAACACAAAUCGUUACAUGUUGCUGGCCAUUGAUUGUAAUGAUCAAGCCUAUAAAGAAGAUUUAGAAGGUAAAUCUUUCUUUAAAACCAUAUUAUCAACAUGUCGAGAAUUCUUGGAUGACCAACUAAUUAAAAAAGGGGGCUACAGAGCUGGAAACCGUUACGCAAUCGUCACUGUAACUGAUGAUAAGGAGAAAAUGAUAAUUUCUAAUUUUAACGAUAACCUACCUCAAGUAUUAAAAAAUUUAAAACUUCUUUGCGAUAAAUCUGAUGAUGAACUGAAAGGAAAGUUUUAUAGAAAUUCUCCUUUUAGAUUUGGAGAGUUUUUAUUGAAUGUACGAGCAAUGUACAAAGAUUACUUCUCUUCAGAUUAUUUAAAACAAAUAGUUUAUAUUUCCAAUGAUGAUGAUCCUGUUAAUCGAGAUGAAGAUCAAGUUUCUAAAGCUGUUAAUCAAGCAAAAGCUUUCGAAGAUACAAAUAUUAGGUUUCAAUUGCUAACAUUUAAUCAGGAAUUUGAUUUAAAUAAAUUUUUCCAAGAAGUAUUAUAUUCCUGGGGUAACAGUACAAGUAAUCAGUAUGAUUAUGUCUAUUUAACUGAUACUAUUAGUUUUCAAGAUAAAUUAUUAAGCCUUUUACCAUUACGUGGAACAAAAACCAAGUUUUACUUAUUGCCAUCAAAGAAAGGUGUUUAUGCGGAAGUUGCAGAAAAAUCAUUCAUAAGUAAAUUAAAGUUUUUAAAUAACACAACAGUUACAAAAGAGAAUCUAAAAGAAGUUAAGAAAAUCACACAAACGGAAAAAUCUGGAAAAUUUAAAAUAAAGUAUGGCAAAAAAAAUGAUAAAACAAUAGAUUUAACUGAAGAACAAAAAAAGAUUAUCGUCGAUGAUGGAAUUCCAAUAGGAUUGCACUUAAUUGGAACAACUUCUGGUUUAGUUAGCCCUGGAAUGCAUUCAACCAUCCCAAAAUUCCUCCAAUUAAACAGAUACCAGAAAGAUACACUUUUUGAAUCCAUCUGGAGCUAUUGCGAACAAAAAUCCAGAAAGUUAAUUUGUUUGAGAAAAUAUCGCGAAGAUAGCGCACCAAAAAUCUUUGAGCUAUCUCCAUGCGUUAUAAACGGAACCAGAUCAUUUUUAAUGUUAGGAGUCCCAUUUUUAAAUGAUUUCAAAAAUCAUCCUAAAUUUGAUUUUACAUCGAAAAUAAAAACCGAAACUAAUAGUUUAAAAGAAGCUUGUGAAAAGUUUGUAACUAGCGCAUCGUUUGAUUUUGACCCACUCCAAAUUCACAGUACCGUUACAUGUCGUAAGAUCGCCUACAUUCGGUCUGAACUUCUUCAAGAAACUUCUCAAGACAUACCUGAUAUUCAAUCGCUUCGUUUGGUUGAUGGUGAGGAAAUUAAAAACAGCAUUGAAUUGAUGAAACGUUUUAUACCUGAAACCUCUAAUAAAAGGAAAAGAAAUACAAAGAACACAGUUUCUAAUAAAAAAAAAUAAAUAGUUUUAUAUGCUCUAUUAAUGUGUU